UCAGACGUUCUGAUUGAGAAUGAGGAACCUGACGGCUCUGCUGCUGCUUCUCCUGUCGCUCUGCUCUCUUCAUCGGGUGUUUAGUGUUCCUCACGGUUUUGACCACAAGACUGAAUGCUGUUCAACCACAACUAGAGCAAAGGUUCCUCUAAAAAACAUUGUGACCUAUUGGCGGAUCAACAACAGCAACUGCCCCAUAGACGCCAUUGUCUUUCAGACUCUAAAUAAAGAACAGAACAGCCAAAGGAAAGUCUGCGUGGAUCCUAAGGCCCCUUGGGUCAACUCUCACAUGCAAAAAGUGGAUCUUAAAAACAAAGCCACUUUAACAGCAAAACCCUGAAUCUCGGCGUUAGACGGGAUUCCCACACAGAAGACUAACUUGAUAUACUCACCACAUUUUGUAAUUACUGUUUGUUUUUAACAAAAAAAAAGAAUGACUUUGUAAUUACUGUAUUUACUUGUACAUAUUCUCAUCAUGACAGCGCCACCUAGUGUUUUUAAGUCUUCAGUAUUACUGUCUUCAUGUUUGUUCCCAGUUAGUUAAAUGAAGUGACUGUUUGUUGGUGUAAUGCACGUGUAACAGAAGAAGA